AUGCGCGGCACCCGCUUUCCUCGAUCUGCCCAGGGAAUCCGCGGCCGUGGCCGGCUGCCGCCGCAGCAGCAUGUGGAGUCCGACCGAGGAGGAGAAAUACGGCGUGGCGGACGGACCCCGCGGGUCGGGGCUGCUUCCCCCGCUUCCUCCCUCCGCUGUCUCUCCGUGGGGGCAGCGAUUGUGGUCUUUCACUGCCCGGCAGAUAGAGAGUGGGGGAAUGGCGAGGAGGGCUGGUGUUCGGGGAAGGCUUUUCCUGAGGGAGAACGGGCACCGUCUGUGCGCUGCUUGCCGCCGCCUCCCGGCCCGCACAGCCCAGCAUCCCAGGGCUGUGCUGCGUCUGCUUCGGUUCGUGCUAUUGCUCCGAUUGAGGGAAAGGGAAGGGCUGCGGUGCCGUUGUCAUUAGGGGGCGUCGGCGAUGCACCUGUUCGGAGCGGCGGGCCCGGAGCUGGCACCGGUGUGCGGCAGCGAGCGAGUCGGGAACCGGGCUCCCGGUCUGGGCCCAGUGCAGCCCACCCCGGCAGUGACUUGUGCCGGGCUACGGGGGCAGAGGCUGCAGAAGGCGACGGGGCUGGUGGUGCAUUGCGUUCAGUGGGAACGGCCCGUCUGCCUGUAAACGCAGAAGCUUGUCAGUUUUCGUUGUUGAUGCUUGUGGAACACAGCAGUGCAGAAGAGCUCCAUGCUUUGAGCAAAGUGCGAUACGGGGGUUUAACAUCUGAAAACGGAUGUUAAAUAUUUCAGCAGUCUGUCCUGGAAUCCAAGAGGGAUCCUUCAGAUUUGUUAACUGUGAUAUGCAGCUUCCGAGGAGCUGUACCGCAAGGCUUGGUCCUGGAACUAGGUGAAACUGUCCAGAUCCUAGAGAAAUGUGAAGGCUGGUACAGAGGUGUUUCCGUUAAGAAGCCCAAUGUAAAGGGGAUUUUUCCUGCAAACUACAUUCACCUGAAAAAGGCAAUUGUCAGUAACAGAGGGCAAUAUGAAACAGUUGUUCCACUUGAAGAUUCUGUUGUGACUGAAGUCACAGCAACACUGCAGGAAUGGGCUGUGCUCUGGAAACAGCUAUAUGUGAAACAUAAGGUAGAUCUUUUCUACAAACUGCGGCAUGUGAUGAAUGAGCUCAUUGACCUACGUAGACAGCUGCUGUCAGGUCACUUGACACAGGAUCAGGUGCGGGAGGUCAAGAGACACCUCACAGUGAGGCUGGACUGGGGCAAUGAACAUUUGGGGCUGGAUUUAGUUCCUCGGAAGGACUUUGAGGUUGUGGAUUCAGAUCAGAUCAGUGUUUCAGAUCUUUAUAAAAUGCAUUUGUCAAGUAGACACAGUGUCCAGCAGAGCACAUCACAGGUGGAUACGAUUCGUCAGCGUCAUGGGGAAGCUUGCCGAAUGCCAGUGCCUCAUCACUUCUUCCUCAGUCUGAAGAGCUUCACCUACAACACAAUUGGAGAAGACACAGAUGUCUUUUUUUCGUUGUAUGAUAUCCGAGAAGGCAAGCAGAUCAGUGAGAGGUUUAUGGUGCGGUUAAACAAGAAUGGAGGCCCCAGGAAUCCGGAGAAGAUAGAUCGGAUGUGUGCACUUUUCACAGAUCUCAGCAGCAAGGACAUGAAGAGAGAUUUGUACAUAGUUGCCCAUGUAAUUCGAAUAGGUCGCAUGUUGCUGAAUGACUCAAAGAAAGGGCCCCCUCACUUACACUACCGUCGCCCCUACGGCUGUGCAGUGUUGAGCAUCAUGGAUGUACUGCAGUCGAUCUCGGAAAUAAAAGAAGAGAAGGAUUUUGUUCUCAAAGUUUACACGUGUAACAAUGAAAAUGAAUGGUGCCAGAUCCAUGAAAAUAUUAUUCGCAAGUCCAGCACCAAAUACACAGCACCCAGCUCAAACUAUGGACUUAUAAUAUCUCUUCAGCUUCUUCGUGGUGACAUGGAGCAGAUUCGAAGGGAAAACCCCAUGAUCUUUAACAGAGGUGUUUCUGUUACCAGGAAGCUGGGGUUUCCUGAUGUCAUAAUGCCAGGUGACAUACGCAAUGACUUAUACCUGACAUUAGAAAAGGGAGACUUUGAAAGAGGUGGGAAGAGUGUGCAGAAGAACAUUGAAGUCACCAUGUAUGUGCUCUAUGCAGAUGGAGAAAUCUUGAAGGACUGCAUCAGCCUGGGCUCUGGAGAGCCAAGCAGGAGUGCAUACCACUCUUUUGUCCUUUACCACAAUAACAGCCCUCGGUGGGGGGAAAUCAUCAAGUUGCCCAUCCCUAUAGACAGGUUCCGUGGAUCUCACCUCCGGUUUGAGUUCAGACAUUGCUCCACUAAAGACAAGGGAGAAAAGAAGCUCUUUGGUUUUGCAUUCACUCCACUGAUGAGAGAUGAUGGCACUACCUUGUCAGAUGACAUCCAUGAGCUUUAUGUUUAUAAGUGUGAUGAGAACAGCACAUUUAACAAUCACGCGCUGUACCUGGGGCUGCCUUGCUGCAAAGAGGACUACAACGGCUGCCCCAACAUCCCUUCCAGCCUCAUUUUCCAGCGCAGCACCAAAGAGACCUUUUCAGUCUCCACGCAGCUUUCUUCUACCAAACUGACCCAGAAUGUGGAUUUGCUCGCCCUCCUGAAAUGGAAAGCUUACCCAGAUCGCGUGAUGGAUAUUCUAGGAAGACUGAGACAUGUCAGUGGCGAGGAAAUUGUUAAGUUCUUACAAGAUAUUCUCGACACACUGUUUGUAGUUUUGGAUGACAACACAGAAAAGUAUGGUCUGCUGGUCUUCCAGUCUUUGGUAUUCAUCAUCAAUCUGCUGCGAGACAGCAAGUAUUUCCAUUUUCGACCGGUGAUGGACACUUACAUUCAGAAGCACUUUGCAGGAGCACUGGCUUACAAAGAACUGAUCCGAUGUCUGAAGUGGUACAUGGACCGUUCAGCUGAGCUUGUACGCCAGGACCACAUCCAGGAGGCGAUGAGAGCCUUGGAAUAUCUUUUCAAGUUCAUUGUCCAAUCUCGGAUCCUUUACUCCAGAGCUACUUGUGGAAUGGAGGAGGAACAGUUCCGCUCCAGCAUCCAGGAGCUUUUCCAGUCCAUCAGAUUUGUGCUCAGCUUGGACAGCAGGAGCUCUGAGACUCUCAUCUUCACACAGGCCUCUCAGCCUGGAGGGCAGGCGAGCGGAGCUGGGACAUGUGCCCCACAAAAGUGUGGCGGUACUUCAAGGCCAUCAUUUAAUUCUGCUGCUCUGUUGAACUCCUUCCCUGCUAUCUUUGAUGAGCUGCUGCAGAUGUUCACUGUGCAGGAAGUCGCAGAGUUUGUGAGGGGCACUCUGGGCAGCAUGCCCAGCACAGUGCACAUCGGGCAGUCCAUGGAUGUCGUGAAGCUGCAGUCCAUCGCGCGCACUGUUGACAGCCGCCUUUUCUCUUUCUCAGAGUCCCGGCGCAUCCUGCUACCUGUAGUUCUUCACCACAUUCACCUUCACCUGCGACAGCAGAAGGAGCUACUUAUCUGCUCUGGGAUCCUCAGUAGUAUCUUCUCCAUAAUCAAGACCAGCUCUUUGGAGGGAGAUGUCGUGGAGGAGGUUGAGAUGAUGGUGGAGAGCCUCCUGGAUGUGCUUUUACAAACUCUGCUUACAAUCAUGAGUAAAUCGCAGUCUCAGGAGGCGGUAAGAGGGCAGCGUUGCCCGCAGUGCACAGCAGAAAUCACUGGAGAAUAUGUCUCCUGCCUUUUAUCUUUGCUUCGUCAGAUGUCAGACACUCAUUUCCAACACUUACUGGACAACUUCCAAAGCAAGGAUGAACUGAAGGAGUUCCUGCUGAAGAUUUUCUGUGUCUUUCGGAACCUGAUGAAAAUGAGUGUCUUUCCUCGAGACUGGAUGGUGAUGAGGUUGCUCACCAGCAAUAUCAUAGUCACAACAGUUCAGUACCUGUCUUCUGCACUACAUAAGAAUUUCACAGAAGCGGACUUUGACUUUAAAGUGUGGAACUCCUAUUUCAGCCUGGCAGUUUUGUUUAUAAACCAGCCCAGUCUCCAACUAGAAAAUGCCACACCAGCUAAGAGGAAGAAGAUUCUGGAUAAAUACGGUGAUAUGAGAGUGAUGAUGGCAUAUGAACUCUUCAGCAUGUGGCAGAACCUGGGUGAACACAAGAUUCACUUUAUUCCUGGAAUGAUUGGACCCUUCCUUGGCAUUACUCUUGUUCCACAACCAGAAGUCAGGAAUAUCAUGAUCCCUAUCUUCCAUGACAUGAUGGACUGGGAGCAGAGGAAGAAUGGCAACUUCAAACAGGUGGAAGCUGAGCUGAUUGAUAAACUGGACAGCCUGGUGUCUGAAGGAAAAGGUGAUGAGAACUACAGGGAGCUCUUCAGCCUGCUAACCCAGCUCUUUGGGCCUUAUCCCAGCCUGCUGGAGAAGAUUGAGCAGGAGACAUGGCGGGAGACUGGAAUCUCUUUCGUCACAUCAGUUACCCGUCUCAUGGAGCGCCUGCUUGACUAUAGGGACUGUAUGAAAGGAGAUGAGACAGAAAACAAGAAAAUUGGCUGCACUGUUAACCUUAUGAAUUUCUAUAAAUCUGAGAUCAACAAGGAGGAGAUGUACAUCCGCUAUAUCCACAAGCUGUGUGACAUGCACUUACAGGCUGAGAACUACACAGAGGCUGCUUUUACUUUGCUUUUGUACUGUGAGUUGCUUCAGUGGGAGGACAGACCUCUGAGAGAGUUCCUGCAUUAUCCAUCUCAGUCAGAGUGGCAGCGUAAGGAAGGUCUGUGCCGUAAGAUUAUCCAUUACUUCAACAAAGGGAAGAGCUGGGAGUUUGGAAUCCCACUGUGCAGAGAACUGGCCCUACAGUAUGAGAGUCUCUAUGAUUACCAGAGCCUUAGCUGGAUUCGGAAAAUGGAAGCUACCUAUUAUGAUAACAUCAUGGAACAGCAGCGCUUAGAACCUGAGUUUUUCAGAGUUGGGUUUUAUGGCCGCAAGUUCCCAUUCUUCCUGCGGAACAAAGAAUAUGUAUGUCGGGGCCAUGACUAUGAGAGGCUGGAAGCCUUCCAGCAGAGGAUGCUAAGCGAGUUCCCACAAGCCAUUGCAAUGCAGCAUCCAAACCACCCAGAUGAUUCUAUAUUGCAGUGUGAUGCCCAGUAUUUACAGAUCUAUGCAGUGACUCCCAUCCCAGACAACAUCGACGUGCUGCAAAUGGAUCGUGUCCCCGACCGCAUAAAGAGCUUUUACCGAGUCAACAACAUCCGCAAGUUCCGCUAUGACAGACCCUUCCACAAAGGCCCAAAGGACAAGGAGAAUGAAUUCAAGAGCUUGUGGAUUGAACGUACCACUCUGACCUUGACACACAGUUUGCCUGGGAUCUCUCGUUGGUUUGAAGUGGAGAGAAGAGAACUGGUUGAAGUAAGUCCUUUGGAAAAUGCCAUUCAAGUGGUUGAGAACAAAAACCAGGAGCUGAGAACGCUGAUAAGCCAGUACCAGCAUAAACAAAUGCAUGGCAACAUUAAUCUUCUCAGCAUGUGUCUGAAUGGAGUGAUUGAUGCAGCUGUUAAUGGGGGAAUUGCACGAUACCAGGAGGCCUUUUUUGAUAAAGAUUAUAUCACAAAGCACCCUGGAGAUGCAGAGAAGAUUACACAGCUCAAGGAACUCAUGCAGGAACAGGUACACGUCUUAGGAGUGGGUCUGGCAGUCCAUGAGAAAUUUGUACACCCAGAAAUGCGUCCCCUGCAUAAGAAACUGAUAGACCAGUUCCAGAUGAUGCGAUCCAGUCUGUACCACGAGUUACCGGGCUUGGAUAAGUUGAGUCCAGCCUGUUCUGGCACUAGUACACCACGCAGCAAUGUUCUGGUUUCACAUGGACCUAUGAGCCCAGAGAGCAUGAAGCUGAUGCAUCGACACAGCCCACUGAACAUGCUUGGUUCGGUCCGACACUCAUCAUCCUCUCUGUCAUCCCACACCUCCAGUGAAACAGGAAACCUGGUUAUCCUGACGGACAGUUCUGUGGGGGAAACCGCUGAGGACAUGUACCACAUGCAGAUUGUCUACCCUAACUCCAGGUACCAAGGCUUAGUCACAAACAUCUGUUUAUCUUCAUCCCAGGCUAGCCCUUCCACCUCAAGCCUGAGCUCUACUCACUCGGCACCAUCCCAGAUGAUUAACUCUGCCCCUUCCAGUGCUCGAGUGCUGAUGAAAGGUGCUGGAUUGACAACACUGGAGGCUGAAGCCCUCUAUUUACCCACAGAACAGAUACACCAUGGGCGGCAGUUGUGCAAGCUUCCUCACGCUGCCCCCACCAGUGUGCCUCAUCUCUGUCCUGGAGGGACCACCUCUAGAGGCUCUCCCUCUCUACCAGAUAAGUACCGCCACUCUCGGGAGAUGAUGAUGCUGCUGCCAGCCCAUCGGGACCGACCCAGCAGCGCCAUGUAUCCUGCAGCUAUCAUGGAAAAUGGACAGCCUCCAAAUUUCCAGCGCGCCUUGAUUCAGCAAAUGAUUGGACCAUGCAAACCUUGCAGUGAUCCCAACCUGUCUGUGGCUGAGAAAGCUGUGCCAGCAGCACCCAGUAGCUGGAGCCUAGACAGCGGAACCAGAGAGGCCCUGCCAUUCCUGUCUGCCCACGUUGGGAGCAUCUUGGCCCCACCAGUGCCUCCCCGAAGCCUGCCCCAUGGACACUACUCACUGCACUUUGAUGCCUUCCAUCACCAGCUCAGUGAUGCCCCUCCAGCACUGCCUGCACGAACGUUGCGCAAGUCCCCUCUUCAUCCUAUUCCUGCCUCACCCACCAGUCCGCAGUCUGGUCUAGAUGGAAGCAACUCCACUUUAUCUGGCAGUGCAAGCAGUGGUGUCUCUUCCUUGAGUGAAAGCAAUUUUGGACAUUCUUCUGAACCACCUCCUCGCACAGACACCAUGGAUUCUGUCCCCAGCCAGGCCUGGAACACUGAUGAAGACCUAGAGACACCCUACCUCCCUGUCAGGUACAGUCUCUCUGAGCCUGAUGUCCUAGAGUCGCUCAAAUCCCAGCCAUGCCGAAGCCACUCUGCUCCAUCUGGAGUCAUUCCUCAGGACACCAUGGACCCUCCUGCUCUACCCCCCAAACCUUACCACUCCCGGCUGCCAAACAUGGAGAAUGAGGAGGGGGUGAUCAUUGAAGAUGAUGACAAACACCGCCCGUUGCAUCGUAAAGUGUCCCAACCAGUGAGUGGUGGAAAGGAAGAGCAGGCCAGGGUAGCAUGGGAGCAUGGCAUCAGUGAGCAGUAGGGAUGACUCCUGGUAAGCAGCUUG